AUGAGGAACAAGUGGAAGCCAGACAGCUCGAGAGAAGUUUCGAAAUGGGAAACUCUGGAGAGAGACUUACUUACCAUUAUUUUCAAGAAGCUCGAUGUCAUGGACCUUACCAAUGGAGCUUCACGCGUCUGCGUCUAUUGGUUCCUUGUCUCUCAUGACAAAACUCUCUGGCAAACCGUCGACCUAGCCAAGCUCCAACAAGUGGUCGUCUCUUACCGUCCCAGGCUCGGAGAUAAAGUACGACGACCAGUUGUAUCCUACAAUUACCAGGUUGAAGAAGGCCUAAGAUCUAGGACUCUUUUGGCUAAAAUGUCUAUGUUAUUCUUUAAAGUAGAGAAAGGCAAAAAUCUCAGGAAAUUAUUGAUUGAGAUCACAAAUUUGAGUGGCUCGGUCACGAAGAAUUUGAUCUUCCACUCUCAUUCUUAUGUAAGAGAGAUGGAUCUCAUGCUCGGAGGAUGCCAAACAUCGAGAAACUUGUUUUACCGCGCUGGUGCUAUCAAACGGAGAAGUCAUGUCAGUUUGCGUUUAGUCAAUGGAAGAAUCUUAAAACACUGUUCAUUGCUCAUGAUCACAAUAUCAACGGAGAGUUCAAGUUUCAAGCUGUCUGGGAGAGACGUGUAUUUUCAUGCUAAUCGUUGGCCCCCAAAACCACCACGCAUCCUCAAUCUGAGACAUUGUGCAUUCAACAUCUUUGAUAUGUUCCCUGAAAUUGACGAUGAGACAUUCGAUUUACCUAACAAGGAUCUCGUACAAUCCGCCAAAAAGAAGCUUGAGAAAUAUAUUAGAUGUUCACCUGGUUGCAGCUUCUGCAAAGGCUGGUUGGAGAGGUUUCAUUUAACAUCAUUGGAUGCGUCGCCUUGGCAUCCAUAUGACAAGGAUUGGCAACACGACGAGAUUGAAGAAUUUGUAUUUUAA